GUUCAUUAACGCAUGUUGUUUCUUCUACACACUGCUCUCCACAACUACUCAGUACACAACCUAUCAAAAAUUGUAAAUUUCACCAGAUGGCCAUUUCACCUCGUCUUAUUGAAUAUGGUUUGAGAGCUGCUGGGAUUGUCACUGCUGUUUUAUGUUUUUCAAUGGGAGUUGUUUGCAUGAUCUCAAUAUCAGCGCAGUGCAUUAUUGGUGGACUUUUCCUAAUUUUAAUUGGUAUAGUCGUCAUAAUAUUUGAAGCCCCAAUAUGUUGUUCCAUGAUACCUCAAUUGCAUAAAUUCAAUGAAUUCAUUGAAAAACGAUCCCCAAUUGAAAAGUCGAUUUUCUAUGGAAUUGCAGCCAUUUUACCAAUGAGUUUAUGUUUUGGAAUUUCUACACUUUUUUGUGGAUUAGCUUUAGCUGGAUGUUGUGCAUUUAAUGUCUGGAGGAUUUUUAAGGAAAGACGCAGUGGACAAGCAAAUCCAGUUGGCGUUGGUUCUGAACAUCAUACUCAAUACGCUGCAGGUGAAUCACAACCUCCAACAUUUCAAGGUGGAUAUGGUGAGCAACCAGGAUUUCGGGAUCAUUUAAUCGAAAAAGCUGCUGUCGGUGCAGUAAAAGGUGUGAUUGGUGGUCCGGGCAGUGGUGGUUAUCCAGGAACGGGUUAUUCGGGUACUUAGUUAUUCUUUUGAAUCAGUUGGUUACCAUUUAUCUCCUUCCAAGAUAAUAAUUACGUUUUAUGCUUUCGUUUUCUAUCAUGCAAAUGAGUUACAUUCCAUUUAUGCUUUCUUUCGUUGUAUUAUUAUCUUAUAAAUGGCGAUAUAUAUAUAUAUAUAAAGUGGCAUUUAUUAUAGUCGUUUGUUUUGCAUUACAUCUAUUUAAUUGUAUUUUAUGAUACUUAACUCUACUAUAUUGUUUAUCAAAAUACCACACUUGUUUUCGAAUCUCAAUUUAACUAAGUGAUACUUUGUUAUUGUCAACUUUUUUCAUUUCUCUAACUAUUCUAAUUGUCGUAAAUUGACUACUUCAAUGAUUAUUUUCAUUAAAAACUAAAGAUUGUUCAGGAGAAUUGUCGUUAAAGGGUCACUCUAAAGCUUAGUAUCCUUCACUAAAUUGUCGAUGAAAUUCUACGAAUAAGAUAUGGAUAGUUGUACAUCAACUUAUUUGACGUUCUAUAAUUUGUCGACAGUUUUGUGGAUGAUAUCAUUUUAAAAGAGACUACCUAUCGAUAUAUUUUUGCGGCACGUGAUAUUAUUAUUGAUAUAUUUGUUUGUAUGUUUUAAAUGACUUAUUUCCACACAGGAUUAUUUAUAUCAUUGCGCUCUAAGAACUAUUUGUCUUCGUCUCUUUGUGUCUAUCAGUGUUUCACACACGUUUAUUGUCAAACCUAUGCUUUGGCCGAAACUGUCAUUGUUAGAAUUACUUUUACCACCACUACUAUUAAUUGUAUUGUGAUUGCUUUCCUCAUUAAAAACAUUUCUUUGAAAAUUAUCAUUAUUUGAGCUUAUUCUAGUCUAUUAGAAAUGUAUGUGUACUGCUAGCCAUACUAUGCUGUAAUGCUUCUUAUGACAGUGUACGAGUUGUGUAGUAGCUCAGUUUUUCUGUAAUGAAUAUUUUAUAAAUAGCCUGGCAAGUAAUAUUCAGUAUUUCAAAAGUACACAGUGGUCUUUACUGAUGCUCUUAAAAGUAUCGUAUAUUCACUUACUGAGAGUGAUAAAAUGGAUCUAAAUUCUAUUUGGUUCACGUUUCACACAUCUAUUAAACUAAUCUACAUAAUAAAUGCAACCCAGGCUUUUUAUGUUUCUUUGAUUUGUACUGGUGUAAAAUAUAAUACGAUAUGCAAAGUCUU